AAAGCUGUCUACUUCACCGAGAAGAAGCAGGCAAUCGGAGAAACCGCACAACCUCAUUUGCAGGGCUGCUGAGUACAAAUUCCCCGACCCAAUUCCCGAAUUUGCCAAUUCUGAAACAGAGAAGUUCCGAGCUCAUCUUCUUGAGAAGCUUCACAGGAGGAAGGAAUUAUAUGGUGAUUCCAUUGAAGAAAUUGUUGGUAUCUGCACGGAGGUUGCAGUGAAGAAAAUGAAGAGAAAAUUUUACAAGCGGGAUGAGUGUAUAAAUCUACAAGAAGUGAAGUCCCUUUGUAAACUGAGUCAUCCUAAUAUCAUCAAGUUGAUAGAGAUUGUUAGAGAGAAUAAUGAGCUAUUCUUCUUGUUUGAGUACGUACAUAGUUGGUGUGGUUUAUAUACUCUUAUACUUUAUUUUCUUUGUGUAUGGAUUACUCAUUAAGCGAUGUGUCUUCCCAGUAAUGAAACAUUCUUGGAUAUCUGUUGAAGAUCAUUUAAUUGUGAAUCAAGUUUGUCACCUAUCUUGUAAUAGAUUAGCUUUAUUAUAUCCUUGUAUUUAAUAUUUGUAUUUAUUAGGAUAAAGAUAUGGGGCCAAUGUGUCAAGCUCAUAUCAGGCUGAAAGCCUUUCCGCCAACCCUAUACCUGCGCAUAUAAAAAGGCUCUUCAGGUUUAGGGUUGCGUUAACUUUCUUACUCAUUCCAAAUAGCCUUAGCGCAAAUUCUUCUCUGUACGAGUUCACG